UGAUCUCCUUCUUGUCAUUGCAGUUUAUAACUUGCAAAGAAGAAGCAUGGAAGAUGACUUGGUUAUGGGGCAUAUCAAGUGGCUCCUUAUGUUUGUCAUUUGCUUUUCAGGCAGAAAUGCUAAUUGUGACCUUUCCAUAAACAUGAAGAAGAUUGUGACAGGAGUACGUGGUCUCUCAGUGGACAUUCCCUGCACUUAUACACCAUCCAAAGAUUAUGAGGUGGUGGAGGUCGAGUGGGUUUUAGACCAUAAAGUCAUCAUUCAUCGCAUUGAGUCACAAGACCACAUCCCACUCGUUGAGUUCAGAAAAAGGGUGGAAAUAUCCAAAUCUGCAGGAGAUGUGUCCCUGAGUAUCAGUAAACUGACCUUAGGGGACAAGGGUGAUGUCAAGUGCAAAGUUACCUGGAAGAAAAAUGAUGGGGCUAAAAUUUCAAAGGAGGAAAUCACUAAACUUAAAAUACUCAGAACCAUACCAAUUACUAAAAAACAUGAUGCUACCAUUUCAUCCGAAGUGACAAGUAUUCCACAUUUUGGUACAGUCAGUACAAUGGAAAUCACUAAACUUACAACUAAUAUGAAGGUCCGCAAAGGAACAAUUGUGACCCCCUUAUAUACCACAGAACUAUUCAAUACUAAUGCAACAAAAAAAAAAGAAGGUUUCGGGAUACCAUUAUACAUGCUUGUAGUUAUUAUAAUAUGUGUUUUAUGCAUCAUGACUUUAGCUCUUGUCCUCAUCAUCAAAAAGAAGAAAAAAAACAUCUAUAAUUUACCAACGAUGAAUCAGCUGUUGGCUCUAGAAGGUGCUGGAAAUGGAUGCCAAUCAUGUACUAAUGAAAUGACAGCCAGUAACGUCUACGAAUCUUCCAAUCCUCCUCCAGUUUCAGUAUAUGAAGGAAUAGUUCUUCCCUUUUCCAAUGAAUAUGAUUUGCUUAUAACUGAAAGAAUACCAGAAAAUGAUAGCUCUUAAAAUUCUAUGGGACAGCAUUUAAUAAUGCCAUAACAUUUGGAAUAAUCAUUCCUUACCCUAUAAACUAGAUUCAUAUUAGAAUUUUUGGCAGAAAAGUGGCUUGAAAAGUCACAAACUUUGUGUUUGCGACCUUUUAAAUGGGACUUAAAAAUAAAUAAAUUGCAAAUGCCUCUUUUUACGCCGUCCUCGCAGCUUUUCCAAAAAGGGACAUGGCAAGGGCAAGAAAGAGGCAUGACCAACACCUGAGAAAAAUUUAUCAUCAUUUACACCCGUUUUCUGAUACAAAUGAAGCCAGAAAUCUAAGGCAGCUCUGAGUUGUACAUUUCUCUUUAGGCACACAGACUACAGGAAGAUGCACCUAAUUUUUGAAGGGCCUGCACCUCUUCAUAAAUGUUUUGCAUUCUCUGACACUGCAGAGAAUACCAAGACCAGCACAAAAAGCUCCUGUCUUGAUAAAUCUAACCCAUAGUGUCCAAUGAGGUUAUGUUGUACCUCAGUCUGCACUGUAUU